AGUGUCAACAUCUUCCUGUUCCAUCAUCCUUCUUGUCUGCCUGCUUGGCCCCGGGACCCCUAACCUGCCCCUCUCUCCCCAACAGAUGUGCCCGUGGAGAAGCUGGCCGCCAUGCCCGCCUUGCGCAGCAUCAACCUCCGCCUCAACCCGCUGAACGCUGAGGGGAGCCCUCCCAGCUGCCCAACAGCAGCUGGCCCCUAAGCCAGAAUGGGAGUCACGCCGAGACCACCCCAGCUGCACACUUCACCUUCUCCUCCUACUACCAGCACUCCUCACCAGUGGCGGCCAUGUUCAUUGUGGCCUACGUGCUCAUCUUCCUCCUCUGCAUGGUGGGCAACUCCCUGGUCUGUUUCAUCGUGCUCAAGAACCGGCACAUGCGCACCGUCACCAACAUAUUCAUCCUCAACCUGGCUGUCAGUGACCUGCUGGUGGGCAUCUUCUGCAUGCCCACCACCCUUGUGGACAACCUCAUCACUGGGUGGCCCUUCGACAACGCCACAUGCAAGAUGAGCGGCUUGGUGCAGGGCAUGUCCGUGUCGGCUUCCGUUUUCACACUGGUGGCCAUUGCCGUCGAAAGAUUCUGCUGCAUCAUGCACCCUUUCCGUGAGAAGCUGACCCUGCGGAAGGCGCUGGUCACCAUCGCAGUUAUCUGGGCCCUGGCCCUGCUCAUCAUGUCCCCCUCAGCCAUCAUGCUGACUGUCACGCGCGAGGAGCACCACUUCAUGGUGGAUGCCCACAACCGCUCAUACCCACUCUACUCGUGCUGGGAGGCUUGGCCUGAGGAGGGCAUGCGCCAAGUCUACACGGCCGUGCUCUUCUCACACAUCUACCUGGCGCCGCUGAUCCUCAUCGUGGUCAUGUAUGCCCGCAUAGCCCGCAGGCUUGUUAAGUCCUCGGGCCCCGGCCGGACCCGCGAGGAGGCAGCCAUGGAGGGCCGGCGUGGGGCCCGGCGCAAGGCCAGGGUGGUGCAUAUGCUGGUCGUGGUGGCGCUCUUCUUCACGCUGUCCUGGCUGCCGCUCUGGGCGCUGCUGCUGCUCAUUGACUACGGGCAGCUCAGCGAGCCGCAGCUGCACUUCAUCACCGUCUACGCCUUCCCCUUCGCCCACUGGCUGGCCUUCUUCAACAGCAGCGCCAACCCCAUCAUCUACGGCUACUUCAAUGAGAACUUCCGCCGCAGCUUCCAGGCUGCUUUCCGGGCCCAGCUCUGCCCACCGCAGUGGGGGAGCCACAGGUUGGCCUAUUCGGAGCGGCCCCGUGAGCUCUUGCGCACGCGGAUCUUUGUGGAGGUGCAGCCCAGCGACUCAGGUCUGCCCUCCGAGUCGGGGCCCAGCAGUGGGGCCCCCAGGCCUGGCCUCCUCUCACUGCGCAAUGGCCGGGUGGCCCACCAUGGCUUGGCCAGGGAAGGCCCUGGCAGCUCCCACCUGCCUCUCACCAUACCAGCCUGGGAUAUUUGAGUGGGAUAGGGAGGGCAGACCCUGAAUCUGAGGACCCCAACUGGACAUGGGAGACCUAGAGGUGAUAGCAGAUUGGUGUGAUUUUGAAGAGGGUGUCAUGGUGCCUCCCUCUUAAAUACAAGGCAGUGGGUCAGUUGGUUAAGAGCUCGCUCAAGAGUUUGAGCUCUGAGCAACAGUGGUUCGAUU